CCGCUAACAGGCUAGGCUAGCAGGCUAGCAGCUGCCGCGUUCAGAGACCCGUUCAGACGCGCCGGCUUCGUCCACGUUCCGGUGCUGUUAGGACCGAUCCGAACCUCCGAACAGUCCCAGACGACCUGGAGGGACCGCGCAACCCGAAGGCUCGCUAGCUUGCCCCCCCCCCCUGAUCAAAAGGUGAAGAUGAUUAAGCUGUUUUCUCUAAAGCAGCAGAAGAAAGACGAGGAAUCUGCUGGAGGAAACAGAGCCGGAGCCGGGGGGAAGAAAGCCAGCGCGGCCCAGCUCCGAAUACAGAAAGACAUCAACGAGCUGAACCUGCCAAAGACGUGCGAGAUCAGCUUCCCCGACGAUGACGACCUACUCAACUUCAGGCUCAUCAUCUCGCCGGAUGAGGGUUUCUACAAAGGAGGGAAGUUCGUCUUCAGCUUUAAGGUAGGACAGGGUUACCCCCACGACCCCCCCAAAGUGAAGUGUGAGACGAUGGUGUACCACCCCAACAUUGACCUGGAAGGAAACGUCUGUCUAAACAUCCUCAGAGAGGACUGGAAGCCGGUUCUGACGAUAAACUCCAUCAUCUACGGUCUGCAGUAUCUCUUUCUAGAGCCAAACCCGGAGGACCCCCUGAACAAGGAGGCGGCGGAGGUCCUGCAGACGAACCGGCGGCUCUUUGAGCAGAAUGUCCAUCGCUCCCUGAGGGGGGGCUAUGUGGGCGCCACCUACUUUGAGAGAUGUCUGAAAUAGCUGGGCGUCCCACCAUCUCACCCUCCCCCCACCCGUUUGCUCUUCAGCCCUGCUGGGGGGCCGCAGCAGGAAACAGGAAGUCACACGCAGAAGAAAGAAGCUCCGCCCCCUCCUCUCACAUUCUUUUAUGUCCAGCUGUUUUUAUGGAAGGUGGGGGGGUCAGCCCAACGCUGAUGAGGAUGAAGAUUUGCCGGAUUUCUUUUUGUUUUUUUAGGCUGACAUUCAGACACGCCCCUUCCCGUUCCCACAUUUUCUGUGGUCCAUAGGCCAGCAGCAAACUCCAGACCCCCCCCCCCCCCAUCCCACCUGGACAGGUUGAGGGGAGAAAGACCCGCCUUAACAUUAGGUAGUGGGUCGGGGGGGGGGGUUGGACAGGAGGGGGUGGAGCAACCUCAGGAAACAUUCAGGAUCAGGAGACUCAAAGGAGGAGGGGCUUAUAGAGUUGAGGUCUUCAUAUGGGGAGUGGCUAAGUUUGAAUGAACACGCCUUAAAAUGCUUCUAUGAUGACAUCAGCGGAUCUUGAUCUUUGUGGGAGGAGCUUAUGAUGCGGCAUCUGGAGACGGCGAGCAACAACCCAGACCUGUUUGGAGUUUGCUGCUAAAACAUGGAGCGCCGAUGGGUGGGGCUAUUGUUUGGUUCGGAACUUUUGCAUUUAAAUAGAAGGCGCAUUUUAUUUUCAUUUGGGGGUUUUAAGGGGUGGAGUCAAAAAGGGGAGGAGUUAAACAUUAGGAUUCUUGUGAAUAUGAAACCCCAGCUGUUCACAUCGACUGCAAUAUGAUUUAUGUUAAAUAAAAUAUGAACUUGAA